AAAGGAAAGUUGAGAAGAAAACUAGCUAGAAAACAACCAGAACCUUACUGCUACCGCUGCUCUGCUCACUUCCCUUUCACUAACAGCCUAACGUCACACAACCAUUCAACACAUAAAGGAGAAGAUUUUAUCUGUUCAGCGUGUGAUAACGUCUUCAAAACCUUAGGAGAUCUUCAGUCUCAUCAAGAGACUGAAAAACACUCUGAUUCCUAGUUCCAUCUUUCUGUUUUUUUUUUUUCCUCUAGUUCGUGUAGUUUUUUGUGUUUUGAUUUCUAGAGUUUUGAUGAAAAUGAUUAGUUAUUCGAUAAUUGUAGUUUUUUGUGUUUUGAUUUCUGGAAUUCUGAUGAAAAUGAUUGCAUUUAGGUAAUUACGGUGUUUAUUUCUCUUGUAGUUACGAUUUUGUUAUUUUUCUGAUAUAUUAUAAUGUGUUUUGAUUUCAGACAUGAAGAACACUUACAGCUCCUUGAACGAGAAGAGAUCGAAAAUGAAGAACACUUAUUAGAAGCUAUUAAUGAUAAACUGAUAUCUCAUGGAAUCAAUGUUGGGGAUGUAAAGAAGCUACAAGACGCGGGUAUCUACACCUGCAAUGGCUUGAUGAUGCACUGUGAUAAGAAAUUGACUCGGAUCAAAGGGUUAUCUGAGGCAAAAGUUGAUAACAUCUGUGAAGCAGCUGAGAAGAUAGUGAACUUCGGCUAUAUUACUGGGAUUGAUGUUCUCCUCGAAAGGAAGCAAGUAGUUUUUAUCACAACUGGAAGCCAGGCACUGGAUGAGCUCUUAGAAGGAGGGAUAGAAAUUUCAGCAAUCGCUGAAGCUUUUGGUGAAUUCAGAUCUGGAAAGAUACAACUUGCUGAUACUCUAUAUGUCUCUACUCAGCUUCCUACUAGUAUGAAGGGUGGGAAUGGAAAGGUGGUUUACAUUGACACUGAGGGAACAUUUCGGUCAGAUCGUGUUGUGCUCAUUGCUGAAAGAUUUGGAAUGGACGCGGGAGCAGUUCUUGACAACAUCAUUUAUGCUCGUGCAUGCUCAUAUGAGUAUCAACACAACCUGCUUCUUGGUCUGACAGCAAAAAUGGCUGAAGAGCCUUUCAGACUUCUGAUUGUUGACUCUGUGAUCGCUUUAUUUCAAGUCGAUUUCACUGGAAGAGGAGGGCUUGCAGAUCGACCGCAAAAGUUGGCUCAGAUGCUGUCCCGACUGAUAAAGAUAGCUGAGGAAUUUAAUGUCGCUGUUUACAUGACCAAUCAAGUUAUAGCUGAUCCAGGCAGUGGUGUGUUCAUAUCAGAUCCAAAGAAACCAGCAGGAGGUCAUGUCCUUGCUCACACACCUACCAUACGACUAAUGUUCAGGAAGGGCGAUGGAGAGCAACGAGUCUGCAAGGUGUACGAUGCACCAAAUCUUCCAACAUAGAGGAUCAGAUGAAGUAUUAGGGCUAAAACUG